CAAGAGUUGAAAGAAAUAUCUCUCUCGGAGGCGUGACAAAACCGUGACCACUGCUGCUUUGCGCGUUGUUGACAGCGGCCGACUCGCCGGUUUCUAUGUCCGACUUCCAUUGAAAUUUCGAAUUUUGAGUAAAGUUUCCACAACGAAGAAGCUUCCUAAAUCUUCAAAUUCGACGGUAAUUCAAUAAAAAGUUGGAAAACCGUUUCGCAUACCCCUUCAAAUUCGAAAGGACGAGCAGUUUCAGUGAGAGAGACAGCGUAAUGGGGGUGGACUACUACAAUAUACUGAAGGUGAGCCGGAAUGCGAGCGAGGAGGACCUGAAGAAGGCGUACAAGAGGUUGGCGAUGAAGUGGCACCCGGAUAAGAACCCGGCCAACAAGAAGGAGUCCGAGGCCAAGUUUAAGCAGAUAUCCGAGGCCUACGACAUCCUCAGCGAACCUCAGAAGCGCCAGAUCUACGACCUCUACGGCGAGGAAGGCCUCCAAGCGGCCGAAUUUUCUGGGCUUAAUUCCGCUGGCGGGCCAUUCGCCGCAGGUAACUCUGGGUUCCAGUACAACCCCCGAGAUGCUGAGGACAUUUUCGCCGAGUUUUUCGGCGGAUCUGUUGUCGGCGGUAACGGCGGGAGUAGGUUCAGUAGUGGCGAGGAAGUCGGGAGGAACAAGGUGAAGAAGAAGGCGAAUCCGAAGGCGGCGGCUGUCGAGAGCAAAUUGUUGUGUAGCUUGGAGGAGCUUUACAACGGUUGUCGUAGGAAGAUGAGGAUCUCGCGCUCUGUUCCCGAUGAAUUUGGUAGGCCAAAGACCGUAGAAGAAAUUUUAAAAAUAGAUAUCAAGCCUGGUUGGAAGAAGGGUACGAAAAUUACUUUUCCAGAGAAAGGCAAUCUAGAACCUGGUGUUACCCCGGCUGAUCUAAUCUUUGUGGUGGAUGAGAAACCUCAUGCUAUUUUCCUGAGAGAUGGAAACGAUCUGGUGGUUAAUCAGGAAAUAUCACUAUUGGAAGCUCUGGCUGGGGUAACUCUUAAUUUGACAACCUUGGAUCAAAGGAAUCUUGCAAUCACGAUAACUGAUAUUGUAAAACCUGGCCAUGAGAUAGUGAUGCCGAAUGAAGGGAUGCCCAUCUCAAAGGAACCCAGCAAGAAAGGAAACCUUGUAAUUAAGUUUGACAUCGUGUUCCCUUUGAGGCUCACAGCAGAACAGAAAUCUAACUUGAGUAGGGCUCUGGGUUGAGCUGAUAACUGGUUCUGACUUGAGAAUCUUGCAAUCUCAAGGAACUCUGAAUUAACAUUGUAUAGUACGGUCAGCUAAAUGUAAAUAUAUGUGGUUCAUUAAUAAUAAAGGAAGAUUGUGCAUAGUAGGAAGGAGUUUUGAACGGAUGUCAAUUGUUUGUUGAUAGUUCUGUUGGUAGCAUAGGAAAAACUAGCACACCCUCAGCUACUGCCUUGUCUGUAACUAGAUGUUUUUGGUUUACUCUAUUAAAAUUAUAGCAUGCCACGAAUGUAAAUUCUAUAGGGGGUCAUGGUCUUCCAGUGCCCACUCGUGUUUUAUUUUUCUUUGUAAUAUCAGUUAGGGAAAAAUGUUUUAAGGGGUGGUUUUUUCACCAUAA